CAGGGGGGGACCAUGGUUAUGUUGAAGAUCUCCGCGUUCCUCGUCGCCUAUGCCCUGGUCAUCUGCCAGAUGUACUGUUCGCAAGCUGCCCCCGCCAGACCGGCGUUGGAGUCCAUGUCGGAGCGGGUGACGCUGACGGACUACGAGGCACGGCGGCUACUCAACGCCAUUGUCAAGGAGUUUGUGCAGAUGACGGCUGAGGAGCUGGAGCAGCACCAGCAGGCGGCUGAGGGCAACAGCAUGGCCCGGCCGCUAACCAAGCGCUGCUCCAACCUCAGCACCUGCGUACUGGGCAAACUCUCUCAGGAGCUGCACAAGUUGCAGACGUUCCCGCGCACCAACGUGGGAGCGGGAACGCCCGGCAAGAAGCGCAGCGCCCCCGAUGGCGAACGCUACGCCAGCUACGGCGAGACAUUUGACGCUGUCUAA